UUCCCUGUGUAACUGACAGGACAGAGUACUUGGCAAAAACAGACUUCCAGAAGUGGAAAGACAUUUUAACCCCUGUUCUUGUCAGUCCACUCCUCUAAGGGCUCAGCAGCAGCUACCCCUUGCUUCAGGUUAAGGGAAGAGCAAGGUGAUUUUUGCAGAUCUGAAGGGGACUUGGUUAAGGACGCCUGAGAAAGAGGAAGGGUCCAGGAUUUGCCUUCGGGCUUGGAUUGCUGAAUCAAAAUAGCAGGCCCAGCCUCCCACGACGAUGACAGUCACUUAUUCCAGCAAAGUAGCAAAUGCCACUUUCUUUGGAUUUCACAGAUUACUCCUAAGGUGGAAAGGCAGCAUCUACAAAUUGCUGUACAGAGAAUUUAUUGUUUUUGCUACUCUUUACACAGCGAUAAGUGUAUUAUACAGAUUUUUUCUUACAGGUAGCCAAAAACGGUUCUUUGAAAAAUUAUCAAUUUACUGUGACAAAUAUGCUGAACAAAUCCCAGUAACUUUUGUGCUUGGUUUCUAUGUAACUUUGGUGGUGAAUCGCUGGUGGAACCAGUUUGUGAACUUGCCUUGGCCAGAUCGUCUGAUGUUGCUCAUCUCCAGCUGUGUGCAGGGCAGAGAUGAGUACGGGCGCUUGCUCAGGAGGACUCUCAUGCGUUAUGUGAAUUUAACAUCUCUCCUGAUCUUUCGCUCUGUCAGCACAGCUGUGUACAAAAGGUUCCCCACCAUGGACCAUGUCGUUGGAGCAGGUUUUAUGACAAAAUAUGAAAGAAAACUUUUUGACGAUCUUAAGUCUCCCCACCUGAAAUACUGGGUCCCAUUUGUCUGGUUUGGAAAUUUGGCAUCAAAGGCACGAAAGGAGGGAAGAAUUCGAGACAGUGUGGAUCUGCAGACACUGAUGAAUGAGAUGAAUAAGUACCGGUCUUGGUGUAGCCUUUUGUUUGGUUAUGACUGGGUUGGAAUUCCACUGGUCUAUACCCAGGUUGUUACUCUUGCAGUCUAUACCUUUUUCUUUGCCUGCCUGAUAGGGCGUCAAUUUUUGGAUACUGACCAAGGGUAUCAGGGACAUGACUUAGAUAUUUACAUUCCAAUCUUCACACUGCUGCAGUUCUUCUUCUACGCAGGAUGGCUCAAGGUCGCUGAACAACUCAUUAAUCCGUUUGGAGAAGAUGAUGAUGAUUUUGAAACUAACUGGUGCAUCGAUAGAAAUUUACAGGUUUCACUUCUGGCUGUGGAUGAGAUGCACAUGAACUUGCCAAGGAUGGAGAAAGAUAUUUACUGGAAUGAUACCUCUGCCCGCCCACCCUACACAAAAGCAGCUGCUGAUUACUGUAUUCCUUCCUUUCUUGGAUCAACUAUUGAAAUGGGGCUGGCUGAUACCGAAUUUCUCUAUGGGGAAGAGUGGCCUUGGGAAGAGGAGAAACACCAGAGACAGUAUUCGGUUUUGAGAAGAGUCAAGAGGUUUCUCAGCGUCCAUGAGGGUCCUUCAUACCCCACUCACCAGCGCUACAGUCGGCAGACGAGUGAGAAUUCAGUGUUUUUCCCAGCAGAUGAAAAAGGGCACAUCAGACGGCUGCAGGAAAUGCACACAAGAGGGAGGCACUCUACCUUAAGCUUCAAGAAGAAACAUGAAGGAGUUACCAGAAGUAACAGGCUUCAUGGUAGCCGAGAGCUAGGACCCAUAACGGAAACCUCAAGGAAUGAGGCACAGUUUGGUGACAGUGACACCUCAUCUGAGACAACCAGGCCAGUUCCUGAGGUCAUCAUUUCUGAAGCCCAGGAGAUGGAACCUGAUGUGCGGGACAAACCAGAUCUGCCAACAGAGCGCUCCGCAAGCAUGCCAGAAGAGAAGCUCCAAAGGAUCAUAGCUGAAGCAAAUGUGGCUCUUCUGAGCCAACACUUUUUCCCCCCAGAAAUGACUCCAUACCUCUCAAGUUCAGAGGUGCAUCAGUCACUUCCUAGUGUGAUAGGAGAACCCAAACAUGAGCCCCAGGUUAGUAACAUAGCUGGUCUCAUAACAGAUCAUGAGAGAAACCUUCAGCGAUGGAGUUUACCAAGCUUCCAUAGUCCUAGUACAGCAUCAAAUGCUGAUGCUGCACCACCUUCAACAGAUUCUGGGACAACUUCACAGCAAAGGACAUUCAGUGAUGGAAAAAAUGGUACUUCUGCUUGUGCUCCACAAACAUUUGAGAUGCAGGACUUAUGGGAAAACCUGGACAGUAAAGAAACAGCCAUAGUAGAAUUUUCUAAUGAGGAGAGCGAAAGAAAACUUUGACCAUUCUUCCUCUGGGUUUGACUGAACUUCUUGUCUUCUCUUGAACAUGGUUCUCAGAAAUUUGCUGAAAGUCCAAAAGGGCAGACUCAGUACUCAGACAAGUCAUGAACAACAUGCAACAGAGGAUUUGGGCACCUAAACAGGAAGCAUUGUGGUGACAUAUUUUAAGCCACUUUGUCACUGGCUUGAAAUCUGUGACUCUGUGGGAAAUACAUUUACAGAGAGUACUGGGAGCCUCAGGAUGUAUAUGGAAGUGAGCUGUGUAGACAUAACUAGAGGAAACACUAAGGUUAUCAGAAGAGUGGGUAUGAUUCUGUCUACUUUGGAUAUACACUGAACUCUGCUGCCUUUGUCUGCUCCAUCAGUUUAAGGUCCAAGACAUCCCUGUAAGAUCUACCAACAGAUUUGGUUUCUACUCAGGUGGCUCAAAAGCAAGAUGUGGGCUCGAUUCCUUUCUCAGCCUGGGGAGAUUCAGCCUAUCCUCUCUCACUGCCUGGAGGAACACUUGAAAAAUCAGGCCCCACAUUUGUGUAGGACAGUAUUCUGCCCCACUCCUGAUGAAGCUAUGCCACUAAAGAGCAGAAAAAAAUAAAAGGAUUAAAUGUUUAAUUUCAUUUUAAAUACUGGAAAGUGCAAAAUAGCUGAUGAGCUGGGCAUGCUAUGUUUGAGCCUUGGAGCACAUAUGUGGCAUACCCAGUGACAGUUUAUUGUAAAAUGAGGCUCCCAGGUGGCUUCCCUCAGGAUGACAGGGCUGCAGCACUCUCUCAAGAGGUGAUGGAACUGCAGGUGCAACUAAGCUUAGGGCUCCACUCUUGUGGAGAUCUUCAGCUGGAAGUGCACAGGCUGUAGUCAUCCCAGGCAGACAACAAAGUGACCCAUGACUCCUACCAAAACUGGUGUCCACUUCCUAAACCUCUCCCCCAUCCCCAUGCUAACCAGAUGUACCACACACAUUCUUAAUCAACCCAAACCUGAGUCAGCAAUAGGUGGGCUCCUGCUACUCCAGGGAUGACCAAACCUCCUCCCUAAACCUGCUGAUAGUGACCUGGCCUUUCAGCUAUCACUCCUGUAAAAGAAGUCUCAAAGUACGCCAGGAAAGCAGCCACAGCUCCUUGGGUUUAGCUCUCACCCACGUUUACAAAAGUGCAGUCUGGAGCAUGUUGCCAGCAUUCUUCCAUCAGUGAGUAGAGGACAGACGAGGGAGACACAAGGUAGCUCAGGGACUGAAAGAACAGAGAGAGGGGGCGACCAAAAGUUGUGAGUCUGCAACAACCAGCAAAAGCAGUAUGGACUGCAUGGACAGCAAGUCCACCCAGUUCUCGUGCUCAGAAGGUUGCACCUCAAAAAACAAACCAGCCUCUCUGCCAUAGUAACUGGUAACACCAGUGGCUCCUGGGAGACUUUAGGACUCCCUGAACCUGGGAAGGGAAUGAACAGACCUGCCUGCUCCUGCUCCUACAGCCAACAACUUAGGUGAGGAACCCUUCUAGCUGGUAUCACAUACAGCAGGACCCUAUCUCAUCUGGGUAGGCUUUGAACAAAAAUCAACUGCCCUCCCCACUUGUACUUCUUCCAACUUUAUUUCAGCCUAGAAAUUGGCUUCUGCUGCUGUAUGUUAGGCAUGGUCUGAGCAGAGCCACACUCCAAAUCCUCCAAAGACACUAGACAACAACACAUGUAUCCCGUCAGUUUAGGAAGCAGAGGACAUUUGGCCCAAGGAAGCACUGUUUAAACUCAUAUUAUGUGAAUUCCAGUUAUGCAGGAAAGCCAAGCACAGAUUUGCCAGGCACCUAUGGAAGGACUUCUUCACAGCAUGAGAUGAGGUGACACUGGUGUCUGACAGCAGCUUAUUGAAAUUUGAUCACAGUUUGGAGUCAGGCGUUCUGGUGCAACCUCACACUUGCCACUCCACAACAAGUGUUCGGGCAAUUCAGGUUGCUAUGUUUAGGUUUGACCAACAAAAUGAGAAACUCUGUGGAGUGAAAUUAUACAGAAAUAAACAGCGCCUUAGCCUAGCAAUCCAAUUUUCUUAAUGGCCCUUAUGCAACUUGUGGAAGCAUUCCCUUUUUCCUCCUGAUUCCCUCUUUCUUGUAGCUGAAGCCACACUUUUCAAUUCAAUGUUUCUCAAUCUAAUUGCAUCUGCAAUUGUCAAGGAACAUAAUUGACCAAUGUGCUUAACUUAAAUAAAUGGCUAAUUUUAAGUACAAACAGUACAUUUUAAGGACAGCCAGACAGCUCCAGUCACACAGCUAGAAACAAAGUAAAAGUAACUGCUGCUCUCCUCUACAGCACUUUUGUCAGAAGAGCAGUACAAGUUUCUGGAGAGUUUGGCCAUACUCCUCCCAGGCAAGCAUGUAUAGGAAGUGUUUUCAGCACCUGUGAAGGAAGCCUGGCCCACAAUCUAGCUCUCUCCUCACAGUACACAAGCCUGAGGAGCUGUGCUAGAGAACUGCUGUAAGGAAACUUAAACCAGAAAUUAGAGAAGACUCUCAAGUGUCCAGCACAAAUCUGCACUGAGAAUCCUGUCCCACCUACCUGCUCCCUCUAAUCCUUCACACAGCUUCCAUCAGGGCUUAAGGUAUUGGACCAAAAUGCUCUUUGUCCCCAACCCAGACAUCACCUUGUUUCAUCCCAGCACUGCUAAGCAUGAAAAGCCUUCCCAGUUUCAUCAUCGAGCUCUGCUCAUCUCAGCCUGGCUGCUGCCUAGGAGGCACACUGCUGCUUUCCACCACAACAUCAUACAUCUAAUCAGCAAUGAUUUUGCUCCCACUCGCUCUGCCAGCACUCCCUGGCCCUGCAACAGUGCUCAUUAUUUGAUGGAGGCUAAGGGUGGCCACACAGCAGCCAUUAGGUAGGUAAGAGCUUCAGUGAAGCCCCACAGAGGUGUCUAUUACACAUGCAGAUGCAUGCUGCAUUAGAGCUCUGAAGUCACGCAAUGCAAUCUGUAAUACACAGCCAGCAUUUCACACAGUGGGCCAGCUCCAGGUUAGCUGCAUAUUCUGUUCAUUGCUUCUAAAGAAGCUAGUGCUGGGAUGAGUUAUCAGAAAAAUUUCCUCUUGUCAUUUAGCCUGUUAACUCACUUUGGCAAACAUCAGUGUACUCUGAUUUGUAUUAAAUUGUCUUUUGAGAUUAUGUGCUCUCUUACACACUUCUCUCAGUAAACUCUUUGCCUUAGCAUGGUAAAUGGAGUAUUUUAGCAAACCUACCAAUCUACAAUUCAUGUUAACAGGUAUAAGCAAUGUUGAAUUAUUGUAUGAAUAAAGGCACUUUGAGAAACACCAUUGUCCUGGUU